UGUGGGCAGCUCGUCCCCACUGCCCUGGGAGGUGCAAUGAGCUGUGCAGAGAACAGUCGGGGGGUUCAGCCAGGGGGGCACAAGGGCUGCGUGUGUGUGUGUGCGAGAAUUUAUAGAUCACGUGUGAAACUUGAUCUCCCCGCAGUGGGCCUGGAGGAGAGAAAAAAGAUAGAAGUAUUGUUUUUAAAGAUUUUUUUCCUUUGUUUUUCUUUUUCUUUUUUUUUUUCUUUCCCCUCUCCCCCUGCGAGGGCUGCGGCCGCCUGGCGAUAAAAGGCCGGGGCGGCCAAAGCCGGCUCAGAGGGAGGAAAUGCCGAAAUCGCAGCAUUUCGACUUGGCGGCGAGAACCCACUGACCCAUCCCAGCACAGAGCAGCAUCGCGGCCACCCGGGAGGUGCCAGCGCAUUCCCAGCCACGGCACCCGGCUGUCACCCCCCCCAGCACUGCGGGGACCCCUGCGCCAUGCGGGUGCUCAGCAUCAGCCUUGUGGCCUUGACCUUGGCCACGAUGAUUCUGUGCGCAGCCGGAGCCCAGCGCCGGGCGUUGGAGGGGAGCGGCCGCCGGCGGUACCACCGGGUGCAGCAUGGGCACUGCAGCUACACCUUUGUGCUCCCUGAGGCCGACCCCCUGCCCUGCCCGGGCUCCCCCGGCCCCGCCAACGUGCUGCUGCAGCGGGACUCACCGGCCAGCACCGCGGUCACCAGCCACGGGGCCACCGAGCGCCUGCGGCACCUGGAGAGGAUCCUGGAGAACAGCACCCAGUGGCUGCUGAAGCUGGAGAGCUACAUCCAGAGGAGCAUGCGGCCAGAGCUGGCACAGCUGCGACAGACGGCGGUGCAGAACCAGACCGCAGCCAUGCUGGAGAUGGGCAGCACCCUCCUCAACCAGAGCGCCCAGCAGAGCCGCAAGCUCACUGACGUGGAGGCGCAGGUGCUGAACCAGACAUCACGCAUCGAGCUGCAGCUGCAGGAGAACUCCCUGUCCACCACCCAGCUGGAGAAGCAGCUGCUGCUGCAGACCAACGAGAUCCACAAGCUGCAGAACAGGAACAACAUCCUGGAGGUGCGGGUGCUGGCGAUGGAGACGCAGCAGCAGGCGGAGCUAGCAGGGGCUCGCUCGAAGAAGGAGCAGCUGCAGCGGGUGCUGAGCUGGCAGAGCGGGGCCAUCGCCGAGCUGGAGAAGUCACUGGCGGCCACCAGCACCAACGCCAGCCUGCUUCAGCGCCAGCAGCUCCAGCUGCUCGAGGCAGUGCAGAGCCUGGUGCGCCUCGUCACCCAGGGCAGAGCAGCAGGGCAGGAGCAGCUGUUCCAGGACUGUGCUGAGCUGCGCCGGGCAGGCACCCACGCCAGCGGCGUCUACACCCUGCACAUCACCAACCUCAGCGAGCCCAAAAAGGCGUACUGCGACAUGGAGACGGACCGAGGGGGAUGGACGGUCAUCCAGCUUCGUGCCAACGGCAGCCUCAGCUUCCAGAGGGGCUGGAGGGAGUAUAAGCAGGGCUUUGGGGAUGCAGCAGGCGAGUACUGGCUGGGUAAUGAGGCCGUGCACCUCCUGACAAGCCAAGCGCCCUAUACCCUGCGCAUCGAGCUGCAGGACUGGGAAGGCAGCCAGGUCUAUGCCCACUAUGGGAAAUUCCAGCUGGGGAGUGAGCGGCAGCGUUACAGGCUGUCACUGCAGGACUACAGUGGGACGGCCGGGCAGCAGAGCGGGAUGGCACCGCAGGGCACCCGCUUCAGCACCCGUGACGCUGACAACGACAACUGCCUCUGCAAGUGUGCCCAGAUGCUGUCGGGAGGCUGGUGGUUCGACGCCUGUGGUCUCUCCAACCUGAACGGCAUCUACUACCCAGCACGGCACAACAUCCGCAAGCUCAACGGCAUCCGCUGGCACCACUUCCAGGGGCCCAGCUACUCCCUGAAAGGCACUCGCAUGAUGAUACGACCUGCCAGCUUCUAGCAUGCCAGUGCUCAGGGCAGCACUGCCACUCGUGCCAGCCUGGCACAGAGGGAGGGCUCUGGGAGAGGGGACAGUUGGGCGACACUGAACCCUCCUGGCCACUGCAGGGAAGCUUUUCCCCCAGUUAUAUUUUUCACUCUUGUUUAUCCUGCAUUCCGGGAACCCGUGCACUGCAGAGAGGGACCAUGGCACUACAGCCGUGCCGGAGGGACCCACAGGUGGUGACAAGGGGCUCUGUAGGAGCUGGCGGGAGGGCUCUGCUUCGAACCUGAGCCAGCCCCGCCACAAUGGGCUUCGGCACACGGAAAACACCCAAUCUGUCCCCAGCUUCUCUCCCCAUCCUUCUGCGGGUGCCACUGGGUUUUGCCCCAGGGAUGGGGGUCUGAGACUCCCUGGAACCCACUGCACACUCAGCUGGGCUCCAAGACGCAGUGGGUGCUUGGCCUUUUCCAUAUGUUUUUUGAUUUGCAAAGCCCCCACCGUCUCACUUUCCCUGCAGGACUGUGGGGCUGAGGGAAGAAUGGGGAUCCCCAGGAAUGCGAGGAGGACACAGGCUGCCCCCUCCCACAUGCAUGUCCCAAGCCACUGUCCCCAUGCGCAGACACUGCUCCUCAUGGGAUGGAGCCAGGUGUCUCCAGCCCCUGAGGUGGACGGGAGGAGCAGGGGAUGUCUUUGGGUACCCUGGGGGAACCAGUUCCAAGCUGGGAUGGCUGGUGGCCCCGUGCUGGAAGGUGGUGUGGGCACAGGGACGGGCAGGAUGGGGCUGGGGGUCACAGCUGGGGAGGGGGCUGUCAUUUGAGAUGGGGCUGGGGGGGUGGGAGAUGGUGGGAAAGGUUCAGGGCGCUGGGGGGGCAGGGAUCUGAGCUGGGCUGGGGGAGGGAGGAGGCAGGGGUGCAGGCGGGGAAAGUGGGGUUCGGGGUCAAGACCCCCCGUCCAGGGUUGUAUUGACAUGUCAAACCCCUCUGGUGGUACUUUUGGAAGCCGCCUGGGCAGAGUGGGGCACAGAGCAGAUGGAUCUCACCGCUUCCCCCCCCAGCUGCUGCAGCUUGGGCUGGAGGCACUUUUAUUUUUGUACUAAGAGAUAUUUAUUUUCUAAGCAUCAGCGAGGCGGGAGCAGGCAGGGGCAUCCCUGCGCCCCACUGCCCCCGAGCAGGGACCUGUCCCCCGGCUUCAGCAACACAGACAAAAGCAGAAGCUGGUGUUUGGCAGGCAGAGGGACCGCAGGACAGGGCAGGACAAACAGACCUUGGGCAUCCCUGGGGGACCCCUGAGCCCCGCGCAGCUCAGUGCAUGGGUGAGCCCACAGGAGGGCAGGGCUUGGUGACACCCAGUCACAGCCUGUCCUGUCACCCUUCUGUUCAUCUGCAAUCCCUGUCCCCCCUCCCUCUGGGGCCCGUUGUCAUUAGAGUUCACUUGCAGCCAGGUGACAGCUCCCUGCAGCACCUUCACCCCUGAGGGACAGGGGUACCCCACUGGGUCCCCAGGUCACCUAUUCCACUGGGUGCCAGGAAGCCCUGGGGACUGGUGACAGUGGUGGCAGCCUCUGGGACACCCAGGUACCACAGUGUCCCCCUCCCAAAAACGGGUCCCUCUUGCCCCAAGCAGGCAUUUGCUGGGUGGGUGACGGCAGAGAACCUGCAGAGCCGAGGAGCAGAGGGGUUCAGGGAUCCUCCACUGCCACCCAACUCAGUUCCCCCCGCCGCUCCCGGGGACAGGGCCAGUGCCCCGGGGUGGGACAAGGGACAGAGGAACGGGCUGCCCCCGCAUCGGGACAGCAGGUGGUGGCACCAGCUGUGCCCACGGCAACAACGAAGCUCCCAAUGCCCCCUCCUCACCUCGGUGCCGAGGCGUUCGCUAAUUAACAGUGAUUAAAGCACGUGAUGCUGCUGGCA